UAACUGCUCCAUCUUUAUCCAAAUAAGUAGCUUAAAUCACAAAAACAAAAUCUUCUGGUAGUCUAUUUUGGGGGAGAGUUUCUAUUUUAAGAGCAGGUAGAAUUUGUGUAAACAAAGUGCUGGUUGUAGUAAUAGGUAUCCUACUGCAGGGAUGUGAUCUAUAAUGAAUUCAGAUCAUCAUUUCAAUCAUGUGAGAUGUUGAGUUUGUCCUGUGGUGUAGGAGUCUGUGGCGUGUGAAUCGUGUGUUUUGGUCCAAAGGGAGGGGUUGGAGGCUCACGGCUCGAAGUGUUAAGGCUCCAUCGGAUGGAAGCGUCUUGCAUCCACACCGCGAUGGCUAUGGGUCUAACGUCGAAAAAAGCGUCUAACAGGAACGUGGCGGUGGAGCGCAAGAACCUCAUCACUGUCUGCAGGUUUUCAGUAAAGACUCUACUGGAGAAGUACACAGCUGAGCCCAUCGAUGACUCAUCGGAAGAGUUUGUUAACUUUGCUGCAAUCUUGGAGCACAUACUCAGUCACCGCUUCAAAGGUCCAGGCGGUUGGUUCAGCUCAGAUGGACAGAGGAGUUUCUGGGAUUAUGUUCGCCUGGCCUGCAGUAAAGUUUACAACAACUGCAUCAGCAGCAUUGAGAACAUUGAAAACAUCAGCACGUCCCGAGCCAAGGGCCGGGCAUGGAUUCGCAUGGCCCUCAUGGAGAAGCGUUUGUCUGAAUACAUUGCCACAGCCUUAAGAGAUACUCGGACCACGAGGAAGUUUUAUGAUGAUGGUGCCAUCAUGCUGAGAGAGGAAGCUACAGUCUUGACAGGGAUGCUGAUUGGACUUAGUGCCAUUGAUUUCAGUUUCUGUUUGAAGGGAGAGGUAUUGGAUGGGAAGACUCCUGCUGUGAUUGAUUACACACCAUACUUGAAAUUUACCCAGAGUUAUGACUACCUGAGUGAUGAGGAGGACCGGCGCAGCGUGGACAGCAGUGCGAGUGAAGACAGCGUGGCUGAGCAUCCCUAUAUCCCUCUGGUCACUGAUGAGGAGAGCUGGAGCACCAGGUGUCGCAAGAUGGAGCAGAGGUUCAAGAUCGUCUACGCCCAGAAGGGUUAUCUGGAAGAAUUGGUGCGACUGAGAGAGUCACAGCUGAAGAACGUAGAGACCGAGAAUAAGAGACUGAAUGCAAAACUGGAGGAUCUGCAAAUCCAGAGCCAACAGGAGAAGAAAGAGCUUGAGGCCAUUAUUCUGGAGCUACAAGCACAACUUACUGGUGUUAUUCCAUGUGCACCAGCCCAUUUGUCAAAAGAUCUGUCGGUCUCCUUGGUUAACCAGUGGCCAUCUGUACAAACUGCAAACAACCAAAGGGACGUAAAGCUAUUCCGCCGGAGAAGUUUUCACAGUUUGAGCCUCUCUGGUGAAGUCAGUCUGAACUCCAAAGAGUCUCUGAAGACAGAUGGGAAACAAAAUGGAGACAGUGACUGGUGCUCAGGAGUGAAAGACACUACUCCAUCUAUGCUGGGCCUAUGUGGGUCUCUGGCCUCUUCGCCAAGCUGCAAAUCUCUGGCCAGUCUUAAAUCCAGCGAGUAUUUGGUGAACAUCAGUGCAGAGCCCAGCCCUGCCCUCUCCCCCAGCUAGGGCUCAUAAGCUAGGGUUCAUCCUCACUAGUGACGAAAAAACAUAAAACGUUUUUCUUUUCUUCUGACUAGAGAUUCAUCAUUUCUGUCUUCCACCACUGUGCACCCUCAUUUAUUCAUAUUCUCAAAUCAUCUAAUAAAUAAGUAAUAGUGUAACUGUUCUGGAGAGGCAUGUCUUUCUCGGUUUGUAGCUUCCAUACUGAGAAAAUGUUGAAUACUGGCAUGAACCACCCAAUUUCUGAUCAACGCCAUAUAA